UUAACAAUCGCAUUGGUUGGUGCCAACCAAGGGCUUACACAGAGUAGACCUGUUGGCAUCAAUGGGCUUCCAUCCGUCAUGGUCAUCAAUUUCAAUUGGUCUGCUCUGCCUAAGUUAACUAGAUAUGAAUCUGUGGUUCCCAAACUUUUUUUCCUCACGGACCACUUGAAUAUUGUUGAAGGCCUUGAAAACUGGAAAUGGACUGCCUUCAAGUUGAUCCUGACUUAUGGCUACCCUAUGAAUAGGGUUUUCAUGGACUAGUCCAUGCUCCCUGGAGAUGCAUACUUCUGGAUGUGAUGAUGGUCAAGGUUCCUACAAUAAUUAUGGAAGAUCAGUCUGCUCCGAGCCUUCAUGCGGCACGUCUGGAGCAUCGUGUGACCCCUGCCACUCUGUGAGGUGGACUGCUGAGGUGGACUGCUGCAGUGUGCCACCACAGCAGUACUGUCCCCCUGUGCAAAAGUAUUGCCCGCCACAGCAAAAGUACUGUCCUCCCGUCCAAAAGUACUGCCCUCCAGUUCAGAAGUACUGUCCUCCAGUCAAAAAAUGCUACCCUCCCCAGCAAAAAUAUUGUCCUCCUGUUCAACAGUGCUGUCCUCCAGUCCAAAAGUAUCGUCCUCCUGUUGAAAAGUACUGCCCUCCCGUCCAAAAGUACUGCCCUCCAGUCCAGAAGUGCUGCCCACCCAGGCAAAAAUAUUGUCCUCCUGUUCAACAGUGCUGUCCUCCAGUCCAAAAGUAUUGUCCUCCUGUUGAAAAGUACUGCCCUCCCGUCCAAAAGUACUGUCCUCCAGUCCAAAAGUGCUGUCCUCCAGUCCAAAAGUGCUGCCCUCCUGUUCAACAGUGCUGUCCUCCAGUCCAAAAGUGCUGCCCUCCUGUUCAACAGUGCUGUCCUCCAGUCCAAAAGUACUGUCCUCCAGUCCAAAAGUACUGUCCUCCAGUUCAACAGUAUUGCCCUCCGGUCACAAAAUGCUGCCCUCCAGUUCAACAGUGCUACCCGCCCAAGCAAAAAUAUUGUCCUCCUGUUCAACAGUACUGUCCCCCAGUCCAGAAGUGCUGCCCUCCACUUCAACAAACCUGCACAUCCAUUGGAGAGCCUGACAUCUGCCAGAUCCAGGAAAUCUGCCAAGCACCACCACGUCUUCUGAAGAAGUAGCUACUGAGAUCAAUGAAAGAAAAUGUGCAAAGGAGGACGGAUUGUAUUCAUUGCUAGUCCUACUUAAAGUAUAUCCAUUGAAAUUAAUGGACAUGGCUAACUUGGGUCCAUUAUUUUCCAUGGGUCUGGCUUGAGUAGGAUUAGAACCAGAUACAACCCAACACUUUUAAUCUCUCUAGAAAUGUUAUUUUUUUCCUUCCUUCUUGGGGGCACCAAUGAUGUCUGUGCCCCAUUAGGCAAGAGCAUCUUUUAUGUUAAUUCAAUUUGGCUUUUAUCCACUGGGAUUGAGCCAGUGUGGUGGUAUUUAUCCAAGGGCACACUGAAGUAUGGGCCUCGUUAAGCUAUUGCAUACACUGAAGCAUGGGGUUUGUAGUCUUUAAGCAAUGUGCAUUAUUACCUAGCGAAAAAUUUUAACAUUUGGCAUACUUUGUUGAAGGUAGUAUUUAUUGGAGGGUUUUUUUUGUUACUAUUCUCAUCCUUUGAACAAGCAUGCAUGCAAGAAAAUAAAACUGUUGCAAAGAUC